AUGUCAUCUACGAACCCAAACGAUACAGAUUUCUCUCAGGUUUUCGAAACUACUACAACAAGACUUGGCAAAUUGAUUCUCUUUGCCACCCUUGAACCUCCUGCUCUGUUGUCCAAUUUAUUUCUCGUAUAUCAUCUUGUUGCUGAUCGAGCUCUUCGUCGCGCACUCCACAAUCACGUUGUACUGGUUCUACUCAUCGCGAGUUUACUAACAAAUGCUGUUGAAGUUCCUCGAGUUCUAGCGUUUCUCUACCAAGGUAUCGUCUUGCCAGCAACUGUUAUCAAUUGUCUCAUCUGGCAAUGGUGUGACUUUUCACUUUGUAGUCUGAACAAUAUGCUCAUCUGGUGGAUGUCAGUUGAAAGGUAUUUGUUAGUGUUUCACUCACAUAUUUUCAAUACAUCCAAAUAUCGUUGGCUUCUGCAUUAUUUACCACUUAUUGCACUAGUAAUCUACAUUGCUGGUUUCUAUGGCAUCGUGAUUUUCCUAUAUCCAUGUGAGCCACAACCGAAUUAUUUGGAAGUUCUUUGUGGUGUACCAUGCUACACACUUGAGGCAGCGAUUUCAACAUUUGAUCUUAUUGCUCACAAUUUAGCUCCUUUAAUCUUCAACAUUUUUCUCAAUAUCGCUACGAUCUUUCGAGUACUGUACAUGAAAAAAUUUCAGACUCAUCAACGCAUUCACUGGAAGAAAUAUCGCAAGAUGAUAUUACAACUGUUGAUUUUAUCGUUUCUCCAUUUGGUGACAGGGGCACCUUAUGCUCUCAUUCCUUUCGUUGGCUUAUUCGCUGGUUUACCUACGGUUUCACUGUACAUUCAAACAGUAUACUUCUAUUAUCUUUUCUGGUUAUCGAUGUUACUUUCCCCUCUCGUAUGCAUUGUAUCUAUCAAUGAAGUAAAAGUUAAAAUCACGAAACCAUUUGCAAGGCUCAUCGGCCGAGAUAAUACCGUGGCUCCUUUGACGAUGACUUUGAUUCGCAAUCAAGCACUACAGGUAGCUCGUACUGUAUACCAUCCAAAAUAA